UUGACGUUCCUCCUGGCAGCGGAAAACAAUUGAACGUUCAUGCAAAUUCGGUUCAGUUCGUUUACGCAAAACAUUACGUCUGUUCUUCUCUUGUCAUGUGCGAGGUCUUAUUGAUGCGUGAAAAUUAUGGCGGUCGGCUGGCAUUGAAGCAAAUGAAGAUCCCACCAGAAAUCGUUUACUCUUUGGAUAUGAAUGGAUAUGAAAUUGGUGAAGGAAAUUUUCACGGUGAUAAAGAUGUGAAUGGAGAGGAUUGUGACGGAUUUGAGCGGGAUUUCCAUUGUAAUGCGUCAGACGAAGAUGGAGAGAUUUUCGCCGGAGACGAUGACGGAGCGGAUGAUGUCUAUCGGCAGUUAGCGCAAAAGGAAAAGGACCUUCUCUUGGCUGCAGAGCUUGGGAAAGCUUUGUUGGAGAAGAACGAAGAGCUCAGCCAGAAGUAUGAAUUAUUACAGGAGGAAUAUUCUCAAGCAGUCGAAGCACUGGAACAAGAUAAAUACGAGCUUAAACUCAAAGUGGAACGUUUGCAAAACGGGAGCGAUUCGAGAGUUCAUGAACUACAAGCAGAUUUGAGAACGCUGCGAAAUGAAUUGAAAACACUCCAGUCCGACACGAACAACGACAAACAAAACAAGAGAGAAACGUUCGCUGGUCUCACGGAAGAGAAUGAACAACUUCAUCUGGAUCUACAAAAGGCAAAGGGGGAGAAUGAACAGCUUCGAAGAGAUGUUGUCCUUCUCAGAAAACAAGUCAGCAGAAAAAUCAGCUUUGAUGAUGAUCAGGAAGACGAAAUUGGUGAACUCUGGAAGAAGCUCACCAGGCUAGAGGAGGAGAAUGCAAGCCUAACAAAAACCAUGGCUGAUCUUGAAACAAGUAAAGAAAAUCUCACCAAAGAAGUGGAGGAGCUGACAGCAAGAAAUCUUUCUUUAGAGAAGAAACUGACUUCAAGCAAGAGUCAGCUUGCAAAUUGUGAAGAAGAACUCAAUGAGUCCAAAGACCUCAAUGCAUUCCUUCAAGAGCAGAUUGAGGAAAUUAAGAUGCAGGCAUCAGUGGAUCAUUUGUCCAGGACGUCGCUAUUUUCCGAGCUUUCCGAUCUGUCCGUGACAGAUAUAGAUGACGGUGAUCACCACAAAGUUAUUGAAGCGACUGGGCCAAGAACGAUGGGAACCGGGCCAAGACCCGUUUCCAGUCUUCAUGGUAUUCCGAAGCCGUUACAAGCGUCUUCGUCAGUAGGCCUGGGACAGAGCUCUAAGAAGCGCCAUCGGCCUUACAGCAGUGUCAGCAGUAGUGAGUCAGAUGACAGUGAUCUGGAAUAUGAUGAGGAGGAAAUCGAGGGUGACGUAGUGACAAGAAAUAGAGAUUUUUAUGCUCAGCUCGAAGAAGAAGAGAAAGCCAACUCUCAGCUAAAAAGGGAGAUUUGCGAAGCGCACGAGGAAUUGCGAGCCCUCUACGAAGAGCUUCGAAGUUCCCACGAGAGCUUGGAUACGAUUGAGGUGGAUGGUUUGGAGCCCAAUUCAGGUUUUAAACCUGGUUGCCUCACGACUUUCGUGAAGAGUUUUAGAGAGGUUUUAGAAGAAAUGGUCAGCGAUAACAGUACGAAAACUACGGAUUUCAGACAACAGCUAUGUAAAGCCCAUGAAAGCAUCAACAGCCUGGAACAAGAUCUCGAGGUGACGAAAUCUGAAUUGAAGAAGAGAGAAAAAGAAAUUGCUAGCUUGAAGGAGACAUUGAAUGAAAAAGACCAGGAAAUUGCCAAUGUUAAAGAACAACGGAACAAAUUAGCCAGGGGGGAAUGCGAAGAACAGUUGGCGCAUGAUAUCAUGUAUAACGAAGCUGUUCUAGAGAAGAUAAACGCAGAGGAAAGGGCGAAGAGACUGGCUUCGGAAUUAAUGCGGUCCAAAGAAGAUCGAGAAGAACUUGACAAACAGCUCAAAGAGGCAAUUGAGCAGAAGAUUAGUCUUUCGAAACAACUUGAAGAAUGGCAGUUUGACAUGGCAUCACUAAUAGAUGACCAAGUGCAGAGGCAAAUGAAAUCAGCUGCAAAGGAACACGAGGUUAACGCCAGGAGGCGAAGAAUGACGGCUUUUCCCCAACCAAAACGGUGGUAUUGGAACAGUGGCAACAGUAGACGACCUAGUUUGUUAUGAUGGUACUCCAGAAAGUACUUGAUAACUUAGUUAUAUCAUUACUUUCCCUCGUUGCAGUCGAUCGUACUUCCAAAAGGAGAUUUAACUUAAGAUCGCUAUUCACAUUUUCAAAACGGACUGUCUCGUAGCCUCGUUCCCGCGUGAGUUGCUGAAGGGCUGGACUCUAAGGUGGUUUGCAGGGUGAAGGAGUACGUUAUUGAGACCGUCCAAGAUUUCGUUUCUGAAAUAUGCCCUUUCGUGUUAACGAUCAAUUCCUCUUUAUGGUUUUUUUCUUACCGACAUUCUAAACAGUUAAUGCAUCAUUUUAAGAUAUGUCCAUUUUUCAUUAAAAUGUGAUGAUAGGAAAUCUGCCAUGUUGCACGUGAAAAUGGGUUUCCUCCGUGUGGCUUCUACAGAUUGGACAUUACGAGGAUGAAUGACAGGUCAACGAUCCAAUUAGAUUCCUCCCCUUAUUUUGUCUGUGUCAUGUCACUUGUACAGUAGAAUGUGUAAUUUAAUUGACAGAAUGUCAUAAAAGUAAUAGUAAUAUUAUUAAGAUGAUUAAGAUGAAUUGGUAACAUCAUUACGUGGAAUUAAAUUAUAUUCUACGGAAAUUCUACGUUCCCUAUUCAUACACUCAAGAGUAAAUUUUAGAAGUUCAACAUAUUUAUUGGCCAAACGAUCUUGUUCUACGAGUAUACACUCAAAAUGUUUGGCUGUGUAUGCGUGUAGGUUCAUUCACAGAUUUAAUUAAUCUCCAGGAAUCCUACUUAACUUUCGGGGAAUGUAAAUAUCUCUUUGUAGGAGGACACGAAGAUUUUUAAAUCCGGUUUUGGUGUGGUUUCUUUACUAUGGUAAUUUUUGUUGUUGUUUUGUUGCCAAAAAUGAGUGUUUAGUCGAGAUCUCUUCUCCACGGUAGUAACCCUUAGACACGCUGCGUGCAUGAGAUAGACCAGGAAGGUUGGAAACAGAGUAAUUUUAAAGUCUGACCAGAUUCUUGGUAUUAUUUCGUGGGAAGUGCCUGUGGCGUAGGGAUCAAUCGAUUAUUGUCACUUAAUUUUGAAUUUGUUGUAAAAAUUUGCUUCAUUUAAUUACCUCAUUUUUGUAGUUAAAUGUUUCAACUGAGGUGGUGGACUUAAUUUGCUUUUUUGUUUUUUUUGUUGUUUUUGUCGUUGUUAAGUUUUUAAUUAUUUUAGAACCUGUGAUGCAACGUUUCAAAUCUUACAAUGCACGUUAAAAUACAGUCAGUUGAUCGUUCGUUCCGAAGAGUGUAAAUGAAAUCGUUGAAAGAUUUAUGGUCUCGUACAACUUAGUUUUAUCAAUAGAGGUAAAGAAUAAAGGAGUAUUUUGACAGUGAA